AUGAUAAAGAAAGAGGAGAUGGCAGAACCUCAGAAAGUGCCACCAAAGAUGAAGGAUCCAGGAAAGUUCACCAUCGCUUGUACCAUUGGUGGGGCGAAAAUCCCACAUGCUUUAUGUGACUUUGGGUCAAGCAUCAAUGUCACGUCGCUGAAAAAAUUUAAGGAAUUUAAGAUAGGAGAGAUCAUACCGAGCAACAUGACACUCACUUUAGCCGAUUCAUAUGUGACGCAUCCGCUUGGUAUUAUACAAGAUGUGCUAGUUCAUGUCAAUGGUUUGACCUUCCCCGCAGACUUUGUGGUGAUUGACAUGAAAGAAGAUUCAGGAGGGUCAAUUAUUCUCGGUCUUCCAUUCUUAACAACCGAGAAAGCAAAAAUAAAUGUGAACACAUGUGAACUUAUUUUGAAGUUCAACGAGGAAAAUAUGGUGUUUAAUGUAUAUGAAUGGACACAAGAUGUGGAGGAUCUAGAGACAUGUUACCAGUUGAGAGAAAAAGGUAGUGAAGUUCACAAAAGAAUGACAACAGGAGUUUUCAUCGGCGUGAGGGUAUCCCUUGCACCUAACGUGUUUUAA